AUGGCACCUCAUACUCGAACGACCUGCUUCGAUGCUCGAUUGCUGCGCGGCCUUAUAGGCACUAUGGUCACCACAUAUGACCUUGUCUCGGAUGGCUCGUCACCAGAACCCACCUCCCUCGCCCCUUCCACUGAACCCUCUCGCGCUAAGACCUCCCCUGACACACCCUCUGCUCUAGUAGCUUCUCCAAUGACAGUCGUGUCUGCCUCGUCAGGGGUCUCCCGCACGUGGGUCAUCACGGAGAAGCUCUCGGAGAGAGCAGCUCCUCUGACAGAUCACGAUGUCAAGAUGGGCCGCGGGUCAGCUAAGACUGUUGGCAAGUUUUUGUGCUACCUUGCAGAGGACCCAGAGCAGAUAGCGUUCAUGCGUAUCUACCAACAGAUUCCCAUCACUGGAACGGAAGACGCUAGUAACGACACACUGGCUAGACAGGCCGUUCCUCCUGGGGUCUGUGGUGAGCUAGAGUGCUUCAAACUGUUGCAGAGUGGACGCUGUAGUGCUGUUCCUCGCUUCCUUGGCCACGCAGAAAGUACACAAGGAGAUGAUGGCCUCCUUCCUGGUGGCUACAUUAGAUACCUUGUGUGGGAAAAGGUCCCUGGGGAGCCUCUGACAGAGGAAUUCUUCUGGGGUUUGGAUGACACCGCACGCAAAAACAUCCGUUCUAAGUUCUGUGCCGCCUAUGAGUAA